UCUUGCAGAGAAUACGCCCGCCGGCCCCAUGCUACGAGCUACGAAACCGUAGCGUGACCUGUCUCAGUAUAAUUUACUACGAAGCCAGUGCCGGUGUGCAUUGUAUAUAAAUAAACAGUAAAACUUUUCAGCGAUUUUAUUUGUUCGCCGUAAAUAUUAAAGGAAUUUCCUCGUUUUGAUUGCGAAAUGUUGUCCGAUGUGAUAUAAUGGAAGUGACACUAAUCAUUAAUUAAAGAAAUUGGAUUUUAUAUAAUAUUCGUGUAGAAUGUAGAGCGUUUUAUUUAAAAAACUUAUCUCAGAUUUUUAGGUUCAAGAAACCCGGUUUAAAAAAUACGAGUCGAGUUCAUGUGACCAGUGAGUGAAAUUAUCAAUAAAAUUGUGACGUUUAUGUGGAAUAAUAAAGUGGACGGCUUUGCCAUUUGCUAGACGUUUUUACGGUUGUCGCUCCGGUGGGCUGUUGAUUAAGUAAUAAAGCGGGUAUAGUGAUGUCCGCGUGUGUGGUUGAAGAGGGUUGUGAUGAAGGUGGUGGGUGCGAUGUGUCUGAGAUGGGACUGAGUGAAGUGACCGAGAGACCGCGCCGGGAAGUUUUGCUGAGUGCACGCGGCCGCCGCGCCUGCUCCGAACAGGGCCCGCCAAGUUAUCUACAACACGGUUCCCCGCACCUGUGGGGAGCGAACAGCAAACGCGGGUGGAGCCGCAAGCGCACAUCAGCACCACAAAUGAGUAACCCGCAGGGCUCCAUGCCGCGAGUGGCGCUCGUGCUACGGUCGAGACGCAGCUGGCCUGUCGCUCCUCAGUCUUAUCGCAGGUAAACAACCCGACUGAGGGAUUCGGCUUGGAUUAAGCUGAGUGUGAGUAUGAGAUAAGAUGGAUUUAUACUGUAAAAAGCUGUAGGUAUUAUGAAUGAAUAUUAAAAUGUACAUUUAUAACACGAA